AGUUGGUUUGGUGGUUUUUGUUUUUGGAGGAAACUUGUUGGAUUUGGAGUUGGUCAGUUGGAGUGUUGGAGAGGUGAGAAGAAGUGAGAACGAGAACCGAGAUCCGAGAAGAGAAGAGCAAGAGAAAGAACACUGAGAACGAGAACGAGAACGAGAACAGCAACACUCAACAGACUAAAACAGAACAGACAUUAAACAACGAACAAGGCCGCCAACCAUAUUUCCAGUUUUGAGGUGAGCAGUCCUAAGUUACAUUAGGACUCAAAAAUGGCAUCUGGCAAAACUCAAGUUUCGAUGGAGUGGAAGAAAAGGGUGAGGCUUGAAUAUAAACGGAUUAGACAAAUAAAACGGCACAAAUGGGCAGAUGAAGUGAAGGUCGCCUGGAAUAACAAUGCUGCUAAAAUGGAAGAUCUCCUGGUGGCUGAGCAAGAGCGAUGGCUGAACAGUAAAGCAGUCUGGAUGUGCCAGGCGGAAUUGCCGCCUCGUUCAUCCUGCAUGAAGAAAGCGGACGUGUCUUGCUCUGACAGCAAUGCCAAAUCUGUACCUAUUGUCGUGAUGAAUGCUGUUGCUCAGAUACCCACUAUGUAUACCUGGGCCCCCAUUCAGCAAAACUUUAUGGUCGAGGACGAAACGGUUCUCCACAACAUCCCGUACAUGGGGGACGAGAUCCUUGACCAAGAUAAGACCUUUAUUGACGAGUUGAUCAAGAAUUACGACGGUAAGGUGCACGGGGAACAAGAGGGUAACAUCGACGACACACUGUUUGUGGAAUUGGUAGACGCUUUGGUUCCAUAUCAUAUCAAAGACCAGGAAGAAGCUGAGGCAGCGGCCAAGGAAAAGACGAACACUACUCCAUCUACAACUCCUCAGAAAAGUGCAAACAAAACAAAUGAAAAACAAUUCCCUGCCCAGAUAGUUUUUCAGGCUGUAUCGGCUAUGUUUCCUGACAAGGGUAGUCCUGAAGAAUGCAGAGAAAAGUAUCGUGAGUUGACUGCGCCAAAUGCACUGCCAGCCGAGUGUACACCGAACAUCGACGGACCCAAGGCAGAGUCAGUCCCUCGCGCUCAAACCAUGCACUCGUACCACACACUGUUUUGUCGUCGGUGCUUUAAAUACGACUGUUUUCUGCAUAGACUAAAAGUACAUCAUCCUGGACCCAACUUGACCAAACGCAAGGGACCAGAUUUGAAAAACUUCUCCGAAUCUUGCGGCUCUGACUGUUAUAUGCUUUUGGAAGGGAUGCAGGAAAAGUUGGCAGCUGCUGCGAAAACAGCUGCGGCCACAGAACAGGCAAAAGAGGACAUGGAAGAGCAGAACGGAGUGAAAGGAGAGAACUCUGGAGUGAGGAAAGUGAGGAAACAAACAUCUGUAGACUCUGGCAAUGAGGCUAGCUCAGAAGACAGUAACGACAGUAAAGAAGGAGACAAGGAAGACGGUGAAGGUGAAGGGGAGGGAGAGGCCAGUGGAGGGGAGGUUGUGUCUCACCAGGCUGGGUUCUCUCUGCUGCCGCUCAUGCCCUCUAGUGAUCAGAAGGAGUGGACAGGCAGCGACCAGAGUCUGUUUCGAGCUCUGCAUAACGUGUUUCUCAACAACUACUGCGCCAUCGCUCAGAUCAUGCUUACCAAAACCUGUCAACAGGUGUAUCAGUUUGCGCAAAAAGAGGCGGCUGAUCUAGAGAUCAUGGAGUCGAUGAAAGACUACACACCGCCGAGGAAGAAGAAGAAGAAGCACCGUCUGUGGUCGAUGCACUGUCGCAAGAUCCAGCUGAAGAAGGAAAACAGCAGCAAUCACGUGCAUAACUUCACGCCUUGCGAUCAUCCGAGCAGUCAGCCGUGCGACAACAACUGUCCUUGCGUUGCAACAGGGAACUUCUGUGAGAAGUUCUGCCAAUGCAGCUCCGACUGUCAGAACAGGUUCCCUGGCUGCAGGUGUAAGGCCCAGUGCAACACCAAGCAGUGUCCUUGCUACUUGGCUGUACGAGAGUGUGACCCAGACUUAUGUCAGACUUGCGGAGCAGAUCAUUUUGACAUCCAGAAGAUCACUUGCAAGAAUGUCAGCGUACAACGUGGCCUCCACAAACACCUUCUAAUGGCUCCGUCAGAUGUUGCCGGUUGGGGAAUAUUCUUGAAAGACUCGGCUCAGAAGAACGAGUUCAUCAGUGAAUACUGCGGUGAAAUUAUCACUCAGGACGAGGCAGACAGGAGAGGCAAGGUUUACGACAAGUACAUGUGCAGCUUCCUCUUCAAUCUCAACAACGACUUUGUUGUUGACGCCACCAGGAAAGGCAACAAGAUUAGAUUCGCCAACCAUUCCAUUAGCCCUAAUUGCUACGCUAAGGUGAUGAUGGUGAACGGAGAUCACCGAAUCGGAAUUUUUGCCAAAAGAGCGAUCCAACCUGGAGAGGAGUUGUUCUUUGACUACAGAUAUGGCCCAACAGAGCAGCUCAAAUUUGUCGGAAUCGAGAGGGAAAUGGAGUUCCUGUAAGCAUUUCACAUCGUCGUUUGUAUAAUAUCAUUUAUUUUUUACUUUAAGAAUAAGUUUUCUGUUCACUACCUAUUAUUUCUAAAUUGAUGUAUUCGUUGAAGUAUUUCUUAGCCUUAGUGUUAAAUUUUGAAACCCAUAAUAACCAAAUUGUAUCUCUUUUUGUCUUAAAAUACCUCCAUUGUCUGAUAGUAGAAUAGAACAGUUUUCUGUUUAAUAACAGGUAGAAAAAGACAGACUACAUUUAACUUUCACCUUUUAGUCAAUGCAUCUUUUACAUUUUGCAGUUAGUUCUAAGUCAAGCUUUAAACAUUUCCAAAAAAGUUGUUAAAUAAGUAAUUUAUUUUUAGUAUUCUUGUUUGGACCGCUAUUUGUUAUUACAAUUUAAUUAAGUUUUCUACGUGAUUUAUACUUUUUUUUUAAAUGCCAUUUUACCCUAAUGAUAAAUGAACAAAGAAUAUUUUAGUUUACUUAAAUCUUUUACUUAUUGUUCUUGUUCUUGCAAGACAGCUCAAUAGUUACUUGUUUCUAACUUUGUAUUGAUUUAAGACAAGAAUUUAUUUACAUUUAUGAAAUAUCGAAAAGUAACUUUUACUUUGUUAACACGUUGGGUGCUGAUGACGGGAAUUCCCGCCAUUGCUUAACAUUGAAAUAAAUGCAAUUUUCAUGUUCAAACAUGUCAACGGCACUUUAAGUGUUAAGAAUAAUUAAAACUAUAAAUUACUAAAUUUGUCAAGUUACUGUUAUCUCAUAUUAUUGGCUUGUGCACUUUGGAACAAAUCAGUUUACGUUUAUAAAAAAAAAUUGUAUAAAAAUUCUAAAUGUUUUAUUUUACGCACUGAUAUGUUUAGUUGUGGCACAUUUUCACUCAUUUCAAGCAAGUUUUCAAAUAAA